CCGACCCUCCAGCAAGACAGAAGCUCACUGGUGUUUUGCACGCUCCAUUGCUGAAGCUGAUUGGCCAAUGUGUAUCCUGAUGACGCAUCUUCUGGCGCCUCUACUCUGCUUCCGGUCGCUGGCCGCGUCCAAAAGAAGUCAAUAACGUGGGCCUGUCCGUCAAAAAUGAUUUAACCAAUAGAAAACGGGUCUGGCUCGGAGGGGCGGGCCGUCAGUGGUAGACGUCAUAAGCGCGCGACUCUCUCCUGUACCCGGGCAUCCAGAAAAAUGGUGGUGAUGGCGCGACUCUCGCGGCCCGAGCGGCCGGACCUUGUCUUCGAGGAAGAGGACCUCCCCUAUGAGGAGGAAAUCAUGCGGAACCAGUUCUCUGUCAAAUGCUGGCUUCGCUACAUCGAGUUCAAACAGGGCGCCCCAAAGCCCAGGCUCAAUCAGCUAUACGAGCGGGCACUCAAGCUGCUGCCCUGCAGCUACAAACUCUGGUACCGAUACCUGAAGGCGCGUCGGGCACAGGUGAAGCAUCGCUGUGUGACCGACCCUGCCUAUGAAGAUGUCAACAACUGUCAUGAGAGGGCCUUUGUGUUCAUGCACAAGAUGCCUCGUCUGUGGCUAGAUUACUGCCAGUUCCUCAUGGACCAGGGGCGCGUCACACACACCCGCCGCACCUUUGACCGUGCCCUCCGGGCACUGCCCAUCACGCAGCACUCUCGAAUUUGGCCCCUGUAUCUGCGCUUCCUGCGCUCACACCCACUGCCUGAGACAGCCGUGCGAGGCUAUCGGCGCUUCCUCAAGCUGAGUCCCGAGAGUGCAGAGGAGUACAUUGAGUACCUCAAGUCAAGUGACCGGCUGGAUGAGGCCGCCCAGCGCCUGGCCACCGUGGUGAACGACGAGCGUUUCGUGUCCAAGGCCGGCAAGUCCAACUACCAGCUGUGGCACGAGCUGUGCGACCUCAUCUCCCAGAAUCCGGACAAGGUACAGUCCCUCAAUGUGGACGCCAUCAUCCGCGGGGGCCUCACCCGCUUCACCGACCAGCUGGGCAAGCUCUGGUGUUCUCUCGCCGACUACUACAUCCGCAGCGGCCAUUUCGAGAAGGCUCGGGACGUGUACGAGGAGGCCAUCCGGACGGUGAUGACCGUGCGGGACUUCACACAGGUGUUUGACAGCUACGCCCAGUUCGAGGAGAGCAUGAUCGCUGCAAAGAUGGAGACCGCCUCAGAGCUGGGGCGCGAGGAGGAGGAUGAUGUGGACCUGGAGCUGCGCCUGGCCCGCUUCGAGCAGCUCAUCAGCCGGCGGCCCCUGCUCCUCAACAGCGUCUUGCUGCGCCAAAACCCACACCACGUGCACGAGUGGCACAAGCGUGUCGCCCUGCACCAGGGCCGCCCCCGGGAGAUCAUCAACACCUACACAGAGGCUGUGCAGACGGUGGACCCCUUCAAGGCCACAGGCAAGCCCCACACUCUGUGGGUGGCGUUUGCCAAGUUUUAUGAGGACAACGGGCAGCUGGACGAUGCCCGUGUCAUCCUGGAGAAGGCCACCAAGGUGAACUUCAAGCAGGUGGAUGACCUGGCAAGCGUGUGGUGUCAGUGCGGAGAGCUGGAGCUCCGACACGAGAACUACGAUGAGGCCUUGCGGCUGCUGCGAAAGGCCACGGCGCUGCCUGCCCGCCGGGCCGAAUACUUUGAUGGCUCAGAGCCCGUGCAGAACCGCGUGUACAAGUCACUGAAGGUCUGGUCCAUGCUCGCUGACCUGGAGGAGAGCCUCGGCACCUUCCAGUCCACCAAGGCCGUGUACGACCGCAUCCUGGACCUGCGUAUCGCGACACCCCAGAUCGUCAUCAACUAUGCCAUGUUCCUGGAGGAGCACAAGUACUUCGAGGAGAGCUUCAAGGCGUACGAGCGCGGCAUCUCACUGUUCAAGUGGCCCAACGUGUCUGACAUCUGGAGCACCUACCUGACCAAAUUCAUUGCCCGCUAUGGGGGCCGCAAGCUGGAGCGGGCACGGGACCUGUUUGAACAGGCUCUGGACGGCUGCCCCCCAAAAUAUGCCAAGACCUUGUACCUGCUGUACGCACAGCUGGAGGAGGAGUGGGGCCUGGCCCGGCAUGCCAUGGCCGUGUACGAGCGCGCCACCAGGGCCGUGGAGCCCGCCCAGCAGUACGACAUGUUCAACAUCUACAUCAAGCGGGCGGCCGAGAUCUAUGGGGUCACCCACACCCGCGGCAUCUACCAGAAGGCCAUUGAGGUGCUGUCGGACGAGCACGCGCGUGAGAUGUGCCUGCGGUUUGCAGACAUGGAGUGCAAGCUCGGGGAGAUUGACCGCGCCCGGGCCAUCUACAGCUUCUGCUCCCAGAUCUGUGACCCCCGGACGACUGGCGCGUUCUGGCAGACGUGGAAGGACUUCGAGGUCCGGCAUGGCAAUGAGGACACCAUCAAGGAAAUGCUGCGUAUCCGGCGCAGCGUGCAGGCCACGUACAACACGCAGGUCAACUUCAUGGCCUCGCAGAUGCUCAAGGUCUCGGGCAGUGCCACGGGCACCGUGUCUGACCUGGCCCCUGGGCAGAGUGGCAUGGACGACAUGAAGCUGCUGGAACAGCGGGCAGAGCAGCUGGCGGCUGAGGCGGAGCGUGACCAGCCCUUGCGUGCCCAGAGCAAGAUCCUGUUCGUGAGGAGUGACGCCUCCCGGGAGGAGCUGGCAGAGCUGGCACAGCAGGUCAACCCCGAGGAGAUCCAGCUGGGCGAGGACGAGGACGAGGACGAGAUGGACCUGGAGCCCAACGAGGUUCGGCUGGAGCAGCAGAGCGUGCCAGCCGCAGUGUUUGGGAGCCUGAAGGAAGACUGACCCGUCCCUCCCCCAUCCCCCCUCCCCACCCCCUCCCCAAUACAGCUACGUUUGUACAUCA